AUGGCCAGAGUCCCUGACGUGUUGGAGGCGCUGCAACCUUGCUAUAGUGAAAAUGAGGGAUUUAUUUCGGACCUUGACCAAGCUUCACUGGCUCAGGAUUCCUUCUACCCUAGCUCCAGCUCACACCACAAGGAGAAGUGGUCAAGCUCUGAGUUUUCUAAGAAGGCCCACCAGCUUAAUUUCCAAGAGGAUAUGGAAGCACCAGUUUCCAAAAGGAAAAACAAAAAGAUGAGGCAUCCCUUCAACAAUGAUUACCUUUUUGAAAAUGUCAGCCUUCCAGAAAAGGAUAAAGAUCUAACCAAAUGCACCUCAGCUUCCUUCGCCUUUCAAAACAAGAUGGAUUUUAGAUUCAUUUCCUAUACCUUCAAACAAAUACUGAAUGACCAAAAUGCCCAAGGAAUAAUACAAACAGGAAUGUACCUCAAAGCUGUUCCAAUACAGGGCAUGACACGUGAAGUGAUAUUUGACAUAGGCAAGUAUGCAAACUUGGGACCUAUACCACAGUAUGUGAUCCCUGUGACUUUAAGGAUCUCAAACACAAACCUCUACGUGGCAGCAAGAAAGAAAAAUGAACCUGUAUACCUAGAGGAAAUUCCAGAGACACCUCAAUGGAUUGAUGGUUCUCAGAGUAAUAUCCUCUUCUACCAGUUAGAAGCUCAGAAUUACAGCACCUUUAACUCUGUUGCCAAUCCAGAAUUGUAUCUGGCUACAUCCCCCAUGGAAGAUCAGAUGGUGCACAUGGCUGAAGGACUGCCUUCUCUUAUUCACUUCCUAGUGAGUGACGCAUAA